AUGGAGGAGGUGAGGGACAGGAGGCCCCUGGACUCUAUGGAGGAGGUGAGGGACAGGAGGCCCCUGGACUCUGUGGAGGAGGUGAGGGACAGGAGGCCCCUGGACUCUAAGGAGGAGGUGAGAGACAGGAGGCCCCUGGACUCUGUGGAGGAGGUGAGGGACAGGAGGCCCCUGGACUCUGUGGAGGAGGUGAGGGACAGGAGGCCCCUGGACUCUAAGGAGGAGGUGAGGGACAGGAGGCCCCUGGACUCUGUGGAGGAGGUGAGGGACAGGAGGCCCCUGGACUCUAAGGAGGAGGUGAGGGACAGGAGGCCCCUGGACUCUAUGGAGGAGGUGAGGGACAGGAGGCCCCUGGACUCUAUGGAGGAGGUGAGGGACAGGAGGCCCCUGGACUCUGUGGAGGAGGUGAGGGACAGGAGGCCCCUGGACUCUAAGGAGGAGGUGAGGGACAGGAGGCCCCUGGACUCUAUGGAGGAGGUGAGGGACAGGAGGCCCCUGGACUCUAUGGAGGAGGUGAGGGACAGGAGGCCCCUGGACUCUGUGGAGGAGGUGAGGGACAGGAGGCCCCUGGACUCUAUGGAGGAGGUGAGGGACAGGAGGCCCCUGGACUCUAUGGAGGAGGUGAGGGACAGGAGGCCCCUGGACUUUGUGGAGGAGGUGAGGGACAGGAGGCCCCUGGACUCUAUGGAGGAGGUCCAGUCUUCUCGAGCCUCUCCUUUCCUCUCCUCCUGA